CUUGGCGCUGUUGAUUCAUUUUCAUUCAUGGAUCAGAUCCAAUCCACCGUCCCCAGCCAAUCCCGAACCCUAAAUUCCCUUCAUCUUUGAAAUUAAUUUCUUAAUUUUUUGUCAUAUUCUGCAUUUUGUGCAAGCUUUGUGUGAUGUGUGAACAUUUGAAGGGGGUUCAGAAAGAAAUGCAAUAAUUAUUCAAAAUUCUGAUGGAAAAAUGAGUUCUUUAGCUUCGUUUCGAUUGAAGUAAAUCGAAACAAGCUGAAAAUCUUGCCCUGAAGAUGCUGAUGUUUUUUGGGACGAACAGAAAUUGCUUUAUCUCAUUCGUUUUAAUCGUCGCUUUUGUUUCACUUUCACACACUUGCGAUGCAUCUUUAGCUUUUCGUGUGCGGAAAUUAAUCGCCCCUACACAGAACAAUGGUUCCACUCCUUCUCAGGUUGCACCGAGUGUAAGCCCAGCUGAUGGAGCAAAUAAAACUGCAAAGGUUGCCGGGGAGACUGAAGAACAUGGGCAGAAGGAAUCUCAGGUGAACAAUCAGACCAACACUAGCAAGACACUGCCAAAUGUUACUGAGAGUUCGAAUGGGAAUGACAAAGAUGAUAAAAAGUCGAGUAGUUCGAUACCGCCUGCUGGUGCCAAGAGUAGCAAUGUAGUUGAUAGAGGAAAUGAGAAGGCGACUAAUGAAACCAUGCCAAAGUUGGUGGGCUGCGUGGCUAGUUGCAGAGAUCAGAAGAUGAUUGCCUGUGUUGAAGCCUCAAAAGGUGGUGGCUCCGAACAAGACCUAGUGGUGCAAAAUGAAGGGGAAAGUACCUUAACAGUGAAGGUCAACAUGCCUAAUUAUCUGACAAAUGAUUUGCCAGCUCUUGAAGUAGCUAAACAUGAAACUAAGAGGAUGGACAUAUCAUCAGUUACGGGCAAGAGCACUGAACUAAUAGUGGAUUCCGGAGAGGCCAAGUGUACGCUUCAAUUGGCCCGGCCCGUUUCUCCUGAAAACCUUAUCCAGCAGCUCUCUUUCUACUCCAAGCAAGUGACACCAGUCUAUGCUGCGUAUGCAUUCUUUCUCUUGGUACUGCUUUUUGGAGGGAUAUGGGCUUGCUGCAAACUGAGGAAGACGAGCAACCAGCAAAACGGGAUUCCAUAUCAAGAACUGGAAAUGGGCCUGCCGGAAUCUGUUCCUGCUGGGAAUGCUGAUGUGGCCGUAGAAGGAUGGGACCACGACUGGGACGAUGAUGACUGGGAGGAGGGCAAUAUAGUAAAAUCACCUGCCGGGCCCACUUUGAGGCCUUCCAAGAAAGAUGGAUGGGAGGAUGACUGGGAGGAUUAGAGUUGUAAAUAAUAUGCGACACACACGGUUGGGGCGAAAAUGAAAACAAAUUAUAAAUAAUGUCUUUUUUUCUCUGUGAUUGGAAAAUGUAUAAGUUCGGUUAUUUAGAAGGAGGUUUCUUUGUUCUUUGUGAUCUACACAUUAUACAAGGGAUUGAAAAACCGGGUUUCUUUGAACUUUCCCAGUUUAGUUUUUUGUUUUAUGUCUCGGAGAAAAGUGGCGAUUGUUGCUGAGAUAAUGUUCAAGAUAGUUAUAUAAACUUGUUUUGAUCUUUA